CAGAUGGAGCAGGCGAAGCAGGAUCUAGGUCGUAGGGACAGUGAGCUGUUGGCUUUCAGGACCAAACUUGAAACUCUUAACAAUCAGUUCUCUGACAGCAAACAACACGUGGACGUACUGAAGGAGUCGCUCACUGCCAAGGAGCAGAGAGCUGCCAUACUGCAGACUGAGGUGGACGCACUGCGUCUCCGUCUGGAGGAGAAGGAAUCCCUCCUCUCCAAAAAGAGUACGCAGAUAUCAGAGAUGACGGAGGAGAAGGGCACUCAUCAGGGAGAGAUCAGCGACCUCAAAGACAUGCUGGACGUCAAGGAGCGCAAAGUCAAUGUGCUGCAGAAGAAGAUAGAGAACCUCCAGGAUCAGCUGAGGGACAAAGAGAAGCAGCUGAGCGGCCUGAAGGACCGAGUCAAGUCUCUGCAGACAGACACCUCCAACACCGACACUGCACUGGGAACACUGGAGGAGGCUCUGGCUGACAAGGUACACACACACACAC